CCAGUUCCCACCAUACAAACCAUUUUAGAGACUUACAUUAUCCAUGUUGAGUUGCCUGAUGACAUUGAUCAAAUUUCCACUGCAGAUUUCAGGUCAAAUGAAUAUCUUGAAACUUGGUACAACUCUUUUUUACCAACAACAGCUACUGCAAGCUCAAAUGAAGCAAGUCCUCGCAUUGUUUAUUCUUAUCGCAAUGUUUUCAAAGGAUUUGCUGCCAAACUAUCAGCUGAGGACGUAAAAGAGAUGGAAAAGAAGCCUGGUUUUGUACUAGCACGAAAACAGAAGAUGCUGUCUCUGAGUACCACCCACACUCCUAGCUUUUUGGGGCUGAAUUUGCAACAGAACUCGGGGUUUUGGAGGCAAUCAAACUACGGCAGAGAAAUCAUCAUUGGAGUGGUGGACACUGGGAUUGUCCCUGACCACCCUUCGUUCGAUGAUGAAGGAAUGCCUCCACCACCUGCUAAAUGGAAGGGGAGGUGCGACUUCAAUUCAUCAGUUUGCAACAACAAACUGAUAGGAGCCAGAUAUUUCCACGAUGGGAAUGGUUCGCCAUUGGAUGAGAUUGGCCAUGGUACUCACACAGCAAGCACAGCUGCUGGAAACUACGUCAGAGGUGCAAAUGUAUUAGGCAAUGCCAAUGGAACUGCAGUUGGUAUUGCCCCUCUUGCUCACUUGGCCAUGUAUAAAGUAUGUACACCAGAUGGAUGUUCAGAGAGUGAUAUAAUAGCUGCUAUGGAUGCUGCUAUAGAAGAUGGGGUUGAUAUCCUUUCCAUUUCUCUUGUAGGAGGGGAAGAUCAGUUUUAUGCAAAUAGUGUAUUGCUAGGAGCAUACAGUGCAAUGCAAAAAGGAAUUUUUGUCAGUUGCUCAGCAGGAAAUGAUGGCCCAUUUGAAAGUUCUUUAUCCAAUGAAGCCCCCUGGGUCAUGACUGUUGGUGCAAGCACCAUUGACAGAAACAUAAGGGCAACUGCCGUGCUUGGUAACAAGCAGGAAUUUCAUGGCGAGUCACUAUAUCAACCCAAGGAUUUUCCUCCCGCAUUGCAUCCUUUAUUCUACCCUGCAGGCAUGAACCAGAGUGAUUUGGACUCACGAUACUGCAACGCAGCAUCACUGAACAAGACUGAAGUGGAGGGAAAGAUAGUGGUUUGCCAUGUUGGAGGUGAUCUUACAGGAAUUGAAAAGGGGCAAAACAUCAAGGAUCUUGAUGGUGUUGGAAUGAUACUUAUUAACCCAGAGAAGGAUGGUUACACCACUUUCGCUGAUGCUCAUGUCCUUCCUGCUACCCUUUUAAGUUAUGCUGAUGGACUCAAGGUCAUGGCCUACAUAAACUCAACGAAGUCACCUGUUGCAGCGAUCUCUUUCAAAGGAACUGUCAUUGGACACAAUCAUGCUCCAAUGGUCGCUUCUUUUUCUUCUAGAGGUCCAAGCCGAGCAAGCCCAGGUAUUCUGAAGCCUGAUAUAAUUGGCCCUGGCGUAAACAUUCUCGCCGGUUGGAAUGAAUCCAUCGAAAACAACACGAAAUCAAAACUGAACUUCAAUGUGAUCUCGGGCACUUCAAUGUCUUGCCCUCAUUUGAGUGGUGCUGCAGCACUUCUGAAAAGUGCUCAUCCUAAAUGGUCUCCAGCAGCCAUUAAGUCUGCGAUAAUGACCACAGCUGAUCUUGUGAAUCUUGCGAAGAACCCCAUUGAGGAUGAAAGGCAUCUUCCAGCAAGCAUUUUUGCAGUUGGUUCAGGCCACGUUAAUCCGUCUAGAGCAAACAAUCCAGGGCUAAUAUAUGACAUUGAACCAACAGACUACGUGCCAUAUUUGUGCGGUUUGAUGAAUUACACUGACAAGGAGGUCGGUUUAUUAACACAAAGCAAGGUGAACUGCGCAAAAGAAUCAAGCAUACCUGAAGCACAGUUAAACUACCCUUCAUUUUCAAUCAUUUUUGGAUCACCUGUUCAGAGGUACACAAGAACAGUUACCAAUGUUGGUGAGGCUAAAUCCACGUACAACGUUAAGGUUGUUGCACCCAAAGGUGUUAAAGUGACAGUGGUACCUCAUACUCUCAAUUUCUCAAAGGUAAAUCAGAAGUUGACAUAUGAAGUUAUCUUUACUCGAUUGGAAGCGGCCGCUGAGGGGAUUGUGUCUCAAGGGUCUCUUUCUUGGAAUUCUGCAAAGUACUCAGUCCGGAGCCCAAUUGUUGCAAUUGUUAAUGGGAAUUAA